CACUUAAUUAUUUUGGUCUUGAUUGUUUGGCUCAAACAUUUUUGGGAAAGGUCGUCGUUAGAACAAAGUGUUUCCAAGCAAAUCAGCCCCACCCCCUCUUUGGCUACAACAUUAACAAUGCUCUUACUGCUCUGUAUCCUCUCCGUUGCCCUGGGUUUGCAACCUGAUCAAGGUCGGAAUGUACUAGUUAUAGUCGCAGAUGAUGGUGGAUUUGAGAGUUCAUUUUACGGAAACGACAAGUGCAAGACGCCUCAUCUUGACGAGCUAGCUGGGAGGAGUCUAAUCUUCCAUAAUGCAUACACGUCUGUCAGUAGCUGCUCUCCAAGUCGGUCGGCCAUUUUAACAGGGCUUCCCCAACACGAGAACGGGAUGUACGGACUGCAGCACUCCUACCAUCACUUUCACUCAUUCGACAAAGUGCAGAGUCUACCUCUCAUCCUCAACAACACACUGGACCCCAGCUCUGGCAAGCCCUUUAUGACCGGCAUCAUUGGCAAGAAGCACGUUGCGCCAGACUAUGUCUACCCAUUUCAAUACUCAUACACAGAAGAACACUUUCCCAUAAACCAAGUCGGACGAAACAUCACACUCAUGAAAAUACUAGCUUUCAAUUUUCUCGCUCAAGCCAAACUAUCAAAUUCUAAUUUCUUCCUCUACAUUGGUUUUCAUGAUCCCCACAGAUGUGGAUCCACUAAUCCGGAAUUUGGACAAUUUUGUGAGAAAUUUGGGGAUGGUAAAUCUGGCCAAGGUUUGAUUCCAGACUGGAGCCCAGUGGAGUACAGCCCAGACGAUGUGCUGGUGCCGUACUUUGUACAAGACACACCAGCUGCUCGAAGUGACCUGGCUGCUCAGUACAAAACCAUCAGUAGAUUGGAUCAAGGUGUCGGACUAUUUCUGAAGGGACUCAAAGAUUUUGGAUUCGAUAAAAACACAUUGGUUAUUUAUACAUCGGACAACGGAAUUCCAUUUCCAAACGGACGAACUAAUCUUUAUGAUUCUGGAAUGGGAGAACCUAUGCUUGUCUCAAGUCCAUUCUCAACGAAACGCUCGGGCCAAAGCAGUGAAGCUAUGGUCAGCCUCACGGACAUUGUGCCAACUGUCCUCGACUGGUUUUCAAUCCCAUUCCCAAACUACACGCUUUUCGGCCCGAAUCCAGUCACACUGCAAGGCAAGUCUCUACUCCCCCUCCUAGAAUCGGAACCGGACCACGGCUGGGAAAGCGUCUACGCUAGUCAUAAUCUCCACGAGGUCACUAUGUACUAUCCAAUGAGAGUUGUACGCACACAGCAGUACAAGCUGAUACACAACUUAAACUACAAAAUGCCUUUUAUGAUUGACCAAGAUUUCUACGUAUCCCCGACAUUUCAAGAUCUUCUGAAUCGCACUGCGAAUAAUUUGCCAACUAAGUGGUUCAAAACACUGCAAGAGUAUUACUAUCGCGCUGAAUGGGAACUGUAUGAUGUUAACGCAGAUCUUACGGAAUUGAUCAAUCUAGCCGGGGAGGAGAAAUAUAGAGAGGUGCUCGAGGCACUAAAGAAGAAGUUGAAUGACUGGCAGAGAGCUACUAAUGACCCCUGGGUGUGUGCUCCCUGGGGGGUCCUUGAGAGCAAGGGGAAUUUCCCCUCAAGUGGAGAAUGCUUACCGCUACACAAUGAACUGUAAUGUAUAAAUUUAUUGUACCCAUGUCUGUAAUCAUUUCUACACGAAAACUUUGAUGUACGACUUCAAUGAAA